GGGUGACACCCCGGGGCGCCGGGGCAGGAAGCGCGGACAGCAGCCGACUCGGGGCGGCCGCCCGGGCUCCCCAAGCCGUCCCCCUCCUGGGCGGCGCGCGCCGGCCCCGCGCCCCUGACAGCCGGCCCGGUCGGGCGCUCCAGUGACACAAUGCCCGGCCCCGCCGCCGUUCCCCCGGCCGCGGUGACAACUCACCGGGGGAACGGCGCGGCGACCUCCGGGAUGGGGGCGCUCGCAGCUUCCGCGGCGCUGGGAUCCGCUCCGCCGCCCGCGCGCGCCCGCAACCCUCUCGGGUCUAAGCUAGCCCCCGCGCGCGUGCCGUCGUCUGGCCGGCGCUGCGUGAGGAGGAUGCCGGUGGCAGGGGGACGAGGCUGUCGCCGGCUGAGGAGAAUGGAACACCGCGGCGGCGGCAGUGGCAGCGGCGGCAGUGCUCGCGUCACUGGGCCAGCUGUACGGCGCGGGCGGGGGAGGCCCGCGGAGGGGGGAGGGGAAGGGGCGGGCGAGGGGCGGGGCCACGCGCGCGCACGUAACGAGCGCCGGCGUCGCGCCGCCGCGAUCGUCCCGUUGGGGAAAAGGCCCGGCCGGUAGACGGCUGCCAGCACGCACGCGCCGCCGGCCGGCCCGCACGCCCGGCGGCAGAAGAGACGGAGGAAGAAAGGGAGUUCUUAAAGGGGCCGUCACGCCGACUCCGCUGGAGUAGACUGGGAGGAGGUGUUGCGAACUGACUGCGACGGCUUUGCGCUUAGCCUCUCCAGUUCUUCUGCUCUUAUUAUCCAGACUCACUGCAGAAGGUGGACACCCUUCCUCCCUGCUCAAUUUCCUCCUCUAACAAACUGGAAAAUUCUUAAAGAGAUGGGAAUAUUGGACCACCUUACCUGCCUCCUGAGAAACCUGUUAGAAAAGGCAGAGGAACCAGAGAUCAAAUUGCCAACAUCUGUUGGA